AUGGCGGAGGUAUCAAGUGGUUCUAAAUUUGUUGGCUUAAAUGAAGGUCAUAAUGAGAUUGAAAUAGAGAAGGCAAAAAGUGUAGAAGAUCCUACAGUAGGAAUGUUGUUUGAUUCCAUUGAUGACCUUGUUCAAUUCUAUCAAAGGUAUGCAAAGGAAAAAGGUUUUCGCAUGUGUAUAAGAAGCUCUAAAAAAGUAGGAGGGGAGGCGAGGUAUGUGACAGUUGCUUGUAAUCAUAGUGGAAAGCCAAAGAUUAAAUCAAGCAAACCCCAUCAAUUGCAUCCACAAUCAAAAACAAAUUGCAAAGCUAAGAUUUGUGCAAAUCUAUUAGGUGAUGGAAAGUGGAUUUUGAGAUCUAUGGUUCUUGACCAUAAUCAUGGGGUGAGUCCAGGAAAAGCUCGAUUUUAUAGAUGCCAUAGGGUUCUCAAUUCAACUGUGAAAAGGAGGCUUGAAUUGCAUGCUAAAGCCGGUAUUAGAAUGAACAAGAGUUUUAAUUCAUUAGUGGUUCAAGCAGGAGGGCAUGAGAAUUGA